ACAAAUGCCCUCACAUCAUAGCUGAAUGCGUCAACCACACGGCAACCAGCUAGGGGCACCUCACCAGCAUAAACCCCGCCGUGUUCUCGGGGCCUAAAGCAACAGGAUACGGUCCAGGAAAGCGGAGCGCAGGAGGCGGCCUGGGAAACCGAGGUCAUUCAAUUUCAUCCAAAGCCAUGGGGUUCACACACCUUGCUGUGAUGCUGUCUGUCACCAUGAUCCACCUGGUUUCAGGUAUGAGCUUCAUGACUCCUGAACCUGAUUCACCACCAACAUCAACCCCAGACUCUUACCCUCUGGGUGACCUGUUCCAUGCUGCUCUGCAGAGUAAGGAAUACUUAGGACAGGCUCCUGCAGGUACGACCUCCAACCCGACCCAGGCUGUGCCGGGGCUCAGGCAGACCGAGUCAACAGCGACAGUCAUAUCACCUGGACUACUCACCACAGCUUUAAGCUCAUCUUCUGCAGCCAGACAGACAGGAUCGAGGAAUACCAUGUCCUCGAUGCCGGUAGAGGAGGAGACAACCACCACGCUGAUCACCACGACCACCAUAACCACAAUGCACAUGCCAGUGCAAUGCAAUGCAACCUUGUCAGCCGUAGAGGAUGUUGUUGAGUCACCAGAUCCUGCAUCAUCCUCUUCAUCUUUUUCUCCUCUCGAGUGCACAUACAGCAUCACUGUAUAUGCAGGGUAUGGAGUGGAAAUUCAGGUAAAGAAGGUCAACCUGUCUAAGGAGGAGUCUCUGACAAUCAUGGGGUACGGAGGUUCAGGGCCUGAACUUUUGGCCAAUGAGACUCUAAUGAAGGAGGGUCAGGUGAUCCGCAGUACAACCAAUCAGGUGUACAUUCACUAUCGCAGCCUCCACCAUACCAACCACGGCGUGUUCAGCCUGCACUAUCAAGCGUUUCUGCUAUCCUGCCCGUUCCCUCAGUCCCCAGAGGGCGGAGGAGUGACAGUGACUGACAUCCAUCCUGGAGGCCAGGCCCACUUCCACUGUGAUCCGGGUUUCCAGGUUCGCGGACAUGAGGUGGCAACAUGUGUCAAUGCUACUCACCCACACUGGAGCACUGCGGAGCCUCAGUGUGUCGCUGUGUCUUGUGGAGGGUGGAUCCGCAAUGCAACAGUGGGUCGCAUACUUUCUCCACCGCCUCCCUCUGUCAGCAACCACAGUAAUGGAAAUAACCUGAGCUGCCACUGGUUGAUAGAAGCUAAAGAGGGCCACCGACUCCACCUCCACUUUGAGAGGAUUGCACUGGAUGAAGAUGACGAUAAGUUAAUUGUGCGCAGUGGAAACAGUUCUCUGUCUUCACCGCUCUUUGACUCAGACCUGGAUGACGUCCCUGAACGUGGGCUGCUGAGUGAGAGCUCCACUCUGUACCUGGAGCUCACAGCUGAUUCUUCAUCCAUCCCUCUGCUGCUGGCGCUGCGUUAUGAAGCCUUCGAUGAUGAGCACUGCUGGGAGCCCUACAUGCCCCACGGUAACUUCAGCAGCAGUGACAUUACAUAUCAGCUGGGCACCACAGUCACCUUCACCUGCUCUCCAGGCUUCGUCAUGGAACAAGGUUCAGCAACGAUCGAGUGUGUCGAUCCCAGCAAUCCCCACUGGAACGACAGUGAGCCUGUGUGCAGAGCUCUGUGUGGAGGAGAACUGACCGAGCCCUCGGGUACCAUCCUGUCUCCUGAUUGGCCCCAGAGCUACUCCAAGGGUCUAGACUGUGUAUGGCAGAUCCACGGUAAUGAGGAGAAACGCAUUGAACUGGAUGUCCACAUCUUAAAUAUCCGCCACACUGAUGUGCUGACUGUGUUCGACGGCCGUGAUCUGAUGUCCCAUGUGAUCGGGCAGUACCUGGGCUCCAAACAGCGCUUCCAGGUGGUGUCUGGAGGGUCAGAGGUCACCAUUCAGUUUCAGAGUGAUCCAGAUGAUUCCAGCUUCAUCUUCAGCCAAGGUUUCCUCAUCCAUUAUCGUGAGGUUGAGCCAAACGACACCUGCCCUACGCUCCCUCAGAUCGAGUUUGGCUGGAUCAGCUCAUCCCACACGUCCCCUGUGAGGGGCAGCGUGCUGACCUAUCAGUGCCAGCCGGGAUAUGACAUCAGCGGCUCUGACAUCAUCACCUGCCAGUGGGACCUGUCCUGGAGCAGCAGUCCACCAACCUGCGUUAAAGUCCAGCAGUGUCCUGAUCCAGGUGAGGUGGUGAACGGAGCACGUUCAGUGCGCCCUGAAGCAGGGUUUGCAGUCGGAACUGUCGUCCGCUUCUCCUGUAACCAGGGUUAUCAACUGGAAGGUCCCAGCCAAAUCUCCUGCCAUGGACGAGACACUGGUACCCCAAAGUGGAGCGACCGCAGCCCAAAGUGUGUCUUGAAAUAUGACCCGUGCCCGAACCCCGGCGUCCCAGACAAUGGCUACCAGACCUUAUACAAGCACAGUUACCAGGCGGGAGAAACCCUGCGUUUCUUCUGCUAUGAGGGCUAUGAACUUAUUGGCGAGGUUAUUAUCAGCUGUGUUCCUGGUCAUCCGUCUCAGUGGAACAGCCCGCCACCGUUUUGCAAAGUGGCAUAUGAAGAACUUUUGGAUGAUCGUAAAUUAGAAGUGUCCCAGUCAUUUGAGCCAUCCCAUCAGAUCCUGAGUGAGAAUAUCGCUUUGGCAAUAAUUCUGCCGAUCAUCCUGGUCAUACUCCUGAUUGGAGGAAUUUACAUGUACUAUACAAACAUCUGCAGAUUAGAAUGGAAGCCGCUCUUCUGGAAAUCUCUGUCUCACACACACUCCUACAGUCCCAUUACAGUGGAGUCUGACUUCAACAACCCUCUUUAUGAGGCAGGGGAUACGCGGGAGUAUGAGGUAUCCAUUUAGAGGGAAAAAGUCCGGGUGAGAGUUAAAAAAAAAAAAAAAAAAAACACAGAAAGAUUUAAAUUCUAUUGGAAGACAAAUUCCUUAAUAUUACAAGGCCUCACUCCCCUUUUACCCUUUAUUUAUUUAUUUAUUUAUUUUACAUUAUCUUUCUGUGUUUUCAUGACAUUGUGAAAGUGCUUUAUUUUGAUUUCGUUGCACUUAUAUUAUGGUCUGCCAAUCGUGGAUCCUUCUUUCUGUUUCAUUAGGACUGGUGCCUUAUGAUGAGUAUGAAAUUGACAAAGAAAAAAUGUGAAACAACAUGUGAGGCAUUAGAACAGGAGAAGAAAAUAGGGUAAAGGGAACUACAUGUAUUUAUUAAGUUCAACUACUAUGAGGCCAAAACAUACAAAAACUUGGCAAUACGUUAUUUGUAACAAUCAAAAGUUACGGUCAUGAGCAUACAGUACAAACUCGCACACAUGCACACACUGAAUGUUUUCUUUUAAUGUGGCUCAUGUUAUAUAUUAUAUAAAACCUGAAGAACAGCGUCAUUUCCAUCUUUAGAAAAAGUUUGAGACCAGCCAUCUUUUUCUCUCUUCUUCACUUUGUCUUUUUCUGUGUAAAACACACACAUACACACAAACUGAAUGUAAAUACGUGACUUAAUAUUGAUUGAGGUUGAUAUAUAUACUUGAUUACACAUAUAUAUAAGCCUCAUAUAUACACUUAUACUUGGUGGAGGGAGGUUAUAUAUUUUCAUUAUCAGUAUAAUGAAAAUUCAGUGCCAAAAUAUAAUGUUAAAUAAUUUAAUGUCCCUAAGUGUUUCAUCUGUUGUUGCAAUAGUGUUUACAAAAGGCAGUGUUUCUUUUAUUCUUUGCUGUUUCUGGAGUGCAUCAUCACCCAAUGUCACAUGACAUAUAAGAAAAGGUGAGGACAUGAAUGUCAUUAUGCUUAGAGCAUGCACUGAUUGUAAAUUAUAUUGCUUCUGCUCAAUCUUGCCAUUAUCAUUAUAGUUACUGACAGUUAUCAUUGUUAUCAGAUUUGAUGUUGUAUGCACUAUGUUGAUGAAAAAUUACGAACUUGGCUGCUUGCUGUGAUGCAUUAUGUAUUUAUUUACAACUGAUUGUUUGAGCAGUGAAUUUAGUCUCAUUCACUGUGUCAAAUUAAGGAUCUUGAGACUGUUGCUUUGUAGACUUAAUUCUUCUCUUAUCAUCAGUAGCAUUUCUUUGCUUCAUAUAUGAAUACACUCUUUUGAAGGCAGUAAAUUAUUUGCUGAACUGGAAAUAAAGUCUCUGUUGAAUGGUG